CUCGAGUUGAAUUCUCCUCCAAAGUAUCCCGAUUAUAGUAUUAUACUGUCUGAAAUCGCCUUUUGUGUGUGUAUCAGCGACCUCAAUUGGUCAACAUCUAGCUGUGGACAAGUGUGUUGACACUACGCUUAUUUGCCAUCUACAGUACUUCCCUGCAGUGUUUACACUAUAUAAACAAAGCCACAGCUGGGUAUCGACCAAAGCUGAGGUCGUCCUUCUUCGAUGCACGACAUCUGAUACUAACAGCAGAAUGCGAUCUCAACGGCUGGUGGUCUGGCUAGGAACUUUCAUCCUUGUUUCAAUCGUUCUAAUCUUUGUACGAAGCUCCAAUUCCUCUCCAGACACAUCGAGCUUUUCGCCCUUGCCUGAUCCCCGUCCAUCAGCCAAUUCACAACGGCCCGAGGUCCCGCCAAACGAGCAGCUUCUUCAGCAAUCAACGUAUCACAAAGCCUCGACGCCUGCAGGAAAACAUCCGAUCGCUGCAUUAAGCGAGGCUGCAGAUCAAGAAUGGGACCAAGUACGGUCCCGCCAAUCCAAGACUCUGUCCCAGGCUGUCCAGGAAUACCGCCGCCGCUAUGGAAUGCACCCUCCACCACACUUCGACAAAUGGUUUCGUUUUGCUCAAUCCAAGGGGGUCCACUUGAUCGAUGAGUAUGAUACCGUUUACCACUCUCUCCUCCCGUUCUGGGCCUUGAAACCGAAGACUAUCCGCGGGCGGGCCCGCGAGACUCUCGGCUUCGACAACUCCAUGAUCGGGGUCUUGAUCCGGAAUGGGACCGUUACUCUGGCCGAGGGAGGAACCGAAGAACAGAAAUGGCAGCGGAGUGCUACGGUGCAAAUGAUCAAGAGCUUUGCAGAGUACUUACCCGACAUGGAUCUUGUGUUCAAUGCCCACGACGAACCACGAGUAAUUGUCCCAAGUGAGGACCUUCAGCGGCUGGUUACGGCUGCACGAGAGCAUGCUAUUCCAGAUGCGUCCCUAACUGAGACGCCGAAGAAUGCAUGGUCCGAUCGACCUUCAGACCUGAAUAAAGGCGACCGAAUCGAUGAGGUGCGCACCACGCGCUUCAGUCGGUUCUCGCAUCAGUCAACAUGGAGCUAUUCGCGAUCAUCAUGCCCGGUCGAUUCUCCCGUCCGCUCGCUUGAUGAAGAGCCAUUGGACAACAUUGACUCCUACGCCCAGGGCGAGCUAGGAUUCAUCGCGAACACGACCGCAUUCUCGGACAUCUGCAAUACCCCUUCUCUGAAGAAUACAUACGGGUUCUUUGAUCGGCCCAACACGUUCGAAGUUGUUCACGAUCUGUUUCCUGUCUUUUCUCAGAGCAAAAUCUCCAGCUACCAAGACAUACUCUACCCAAGUCCCUGGUACUAUGCGGACAAGGUGCCUUACGAGGCUGCCCAGGACGUCAAUUGGGACGCCAAACUGGACAAGAUGUACUGGAGAGGGUCUACCACAGGUGGAUAUUCCCGAGCUGGCGGCUGGCGGCGUCAACAUCGGCAGCUGUUCGUGCGUAAUGUCAUUGCUCGGGACACCGCUGAAGUACUUGCUAAGCAAGAGGAUGGCAAGUGGUCAUCCACCGAAAUUGACCGAUCAUCCCUGGACGACUUAUUCGACAUCCAAUUUACGUACAUUGGGCAAUGUGAUGCGGAAGACUGCGCAGCGCAGAAGGAAUACUUUGGAGUUGCAGAACCCGUUGACCAGCAAGAUGCAUGGGCUUAUCGACACUUGGUCGACAUCGACGGCAACGCCUUCAGCGGCCGUUUCUAUGCCUUCUUACGAAGUAAGAGCUUGGUAUAUAAGAUCGCAAUAUUUCGCGAAUGGCACGAUGAAUGGCUUAAGCCUUGGGUUCAUUAUGUACCAUUGCGGUUAACCGGAGACGAUUAUCUGGAAGCUGUCCGUUACUUUGUCGAAGAUGAGGACGGGAAACACACGGCCUCAAAGAUCGCUCAAACCAGCCAUGAGUGGGCCCAUAGAGCACUUCGCUCGGACGACAUGGAAGUCUGGUUCUUCCGAUUAUUGUUAGAGUAUGGCCGUCUUGUCGACGACAACAGAGGGAGCCUGGGGUUCUCGCUGUAACAAGCCUGUGCCCGUUGGUUAUGAUCCUCUCAUGUCAUUUUAUGCUUGAUGUACUCAUCUGUCUCAUGAUAUCCCCAAGUGUUUUUAUUAGAGUCCCUACGGAGAAAUGAAC